AUGUUUCUUCUUGAAGCUGGCAAGAAUGUUCUUCUGGAGAAAGCCUUCACUGUCAACGGUAGUCAAGCAAAACCGCUGGCAACCAAAGCAAAGGAGAAGAAUGUGCUUCUCAUGGAGGCACUAUGGACUCGAUACUUUCCUGUUCUUGCGUACGCCGGUGGCUUCGACGAUGACAACCACAUCAUGGUGAAUCCACGCCUUGCCGGCGGAAUCAUACUGGAUGCGGGUAUAUACAGUCUGGCCUGGGUAUUUCAAACACUUUACAGUACGCAACCCACGGCAGAUAGGAAGCCUCCUACUGUCAAGUCUAUCGUGGCAAAGUACCCCCGCACUGGCGUCGAUUCUAUGGUGACCGUGCUACUGGAGUUUCCUCGAGAGGUAGAUCAAGGUGGACCAGCUCACGCUGUUGCGACGUGUUCACUUGGUUUAUCAAAUGAUACUGUAGCUGAGACUGCGGACGCAUCAGCGCCCAGCGUGCGCAUCCAAGGCCAACAAGGAGAGAAUCAAGUCUUCCCCACAACAUACCGCCCCACUCAUACAAGACUCAUUCUCAAGGAUGGCACAGUUGAGGACAAAAAAGGCCGCAGCCAGGACCUGGUGCUGGGAGUGGCUGGUAUAGUGGAUUUGGUCCUCAUGUGA